CUUUCUCAUACAGAAAUGAAAUGGAAAUUGUGAACUCAAUAAGCUUUGUGUCACUUGUUUUUCUUUCUAUUGUAUUUCUCACUCUUUUUUAUGUUUUCCUCCUUGGCUAGCACGGACACUUCACUCAAUCAAGUUUGUGUUCAAAAACGUGUCGACACCUAGCGUUUCGGACACAAAACUUCACUUUCAACAUAGAAAUAAUAACACCAUUUUGUCUUGUCCGUGUCCAAGUAUAUUGUUUUUCCGCAUCCGUAUCCGUGCUACCAUUCCUUCUUCUUCUUCUGGCUUCAGUAAACCCUCAACUAACAGUUUCAAUUAAUCAAACAAAUUCACUUUCAAGCCCACAAAAAUGGAUCGAAAGCUUGUUUCUUCCCUUGUUUUACAGAAGCUUUCUGAUGUGCUAGUCAACGAGUCAGUUUCAUUUCUUGGGUUAGAAGAUAAGUUAGAGAGCAUUGAAAGCAAGUUAAGAGAGAUUGUUAAUUCUGAGUAUUUUGAUUGCAAGAGAGAUGUUUCUUAUGACAUUGAAGAAGCUAUUGAUUUCUUGUUGCAUACUCCUCAAAACAAAAGCCAAUCAGGCACUCUUUUGUCUUGUUUAUUUUCUUUACUUGAUCAAAACAAACUCUGCAAGAAGUUGGAUCGUAUUAAUCUUCAAGAUUUUAAUGCAACCGGUAGAGCAAGUGGUAAAAAAGGAAUGGGUCCAUGGUAUAGUAUUUCAACUAGUUCUCUGUUUGCUAUAAGAAAACAGCUUGAUGUUGGUGACAGUAUUAUGAGUCCUCUUAUAUGGAAGGUUACUGCCUUGGCUAGUCAAGAAUUAAUUAGUGUGUCUGUUAGGAGACAAGCUAAGUGGGUUAGAGAUGAUAUGAGGUUAUUGCAUUUUUAUGUUAAAUAUUUAGAAUAUAUAGAGCUGACAAGUGAAGCAAUGGUGGCUUGGAUGGAAGAAGUGAGCUUGUUUUCUUGUUCAGCUGAUGAUGUUAUUGGGUUGUUCUUGUCUGAGAGUGGCAAAUCGAGUCGUAUGUCGCAAGGAAAGAUUCGGAAGGAGAUGGAUCAAACGGAGGUUAGACUUCAAGAAAUUAUCGAAAGGUUUGAUUCAAUGUAUAUGCCACCACCUCCUAGACUUCCACCAAAUAUGCAACAAAAUCUUCACGGUGCGUUGUCUUUUAAUGAUGAUGAAUUCGAUGAAAUAGAUGGUGGACCACCUAUUUCUUCAGGUAAUGAUGAACAAAACCAGCUUGUUAUUAUGGAUAGCAAUGCUGCAGCUGCUUCAUCGUCCUCUUCUUCUCGUAGGGCUGAAAUUCCUGAUACUUCUAGUUUUGAUAGCAAUACGAAUGAUAUUAUGGAGUUGUUGCUUAGAGAUGAUACAAGUUGUCUUACAGUUUCAGUUGUAGGGAUGGAAGGCAUUGGCAAGACAAAGCUUGUUAAGUCAAUCUAUGAAAAUCCUGUCAUUAGAGAUCAUUUCCCUCAUUGUGUUUGGAUUAAUUGGGUGCAUGACUCGAAUGUUAAUCGCGUCAUGGAGCAGAUAAUGGGUGCUCACUAUUUGAAUGUUAGACUUUUAUAUGAAGAUUGGAAUGAUUUUUUGUGCAAGUUGAGGACAUUACUAAAUGAUUUCUUAAUGGAUAAGAGGUAUCUCAUUGUUAUUGAUGGGGUAUCAUCAAAAGUCUUGUGGAAUCAACUCGGGGCUGCUUUUGACGGCCUAUCAGGUGGGACGAGAGUCAUUUUUAUUGCUUCCAAAUUAGGAAUAACUCCUGAAAGCAAUGAGAGAAACUUCACUUACAGAUUGCAAUUAUGGAGUGAUGAGGAGAGUUGGGCUUUGUUUGUUCGUUCGCUGAAUUCUAACGUUCCCUCAGAGCUUCUAGAAAUGAAAAAGAGGGAAAUCCUAAGAAUUGCCGGUGGAUUGCCCAAGGCAAUCGUCAAACUUGCAGAACUUUUAGCCAGGGAAAAUGUAUGUGCCGAGAACUGGUCAAGGGUGCUCGAGAAGUUCAAUAAAGAUGAAGGACCUUGGUCGGGAACUUUGCAAGAGAUGAACAAGAGUUUGCCGUUGUAUCUAAGGAGAUGUCUCUUUUAUCUUCGAUUCUUUCCGGAUCAUUUUGAAGUCCCUGUGAGAAGAUUGCUUGGAUUAUGGGUUGCGGAGGGUUAUGGGCAUCAAAAGAAUGCGACAGAGGAGUCUCCAGAGCAUUUUUCAGAGAGAUGCUUAAUCGAAUUGGUUAGCAGGAACAUAAUUCAAGUGACUAGAAAGAAGAUGAAUGGAAAAUUUAAAACAUGUCGCCUGCCUGAAGCUCUACGAGUUCACUGGCUGUUAAAAGCCAAGGAAGAAUAUUUUCUCCAACAUAAUGGCCAUAUUGGUGACAACUUGUCUUCUAGCAUCGGUGCAAUGCAUCGUCUAGUCGACCAUCUUGACCACAGGCAUGCUAGCUUUGAUCAUAUCCACGGAGACAGCACUUCGCGCUCAUCUUUGUACUCUUGUUAUAGAGAAACAGUUUCUUUUCUAUCUUUUGAUACUCGAGAAGGAAGCAGACCUGGGGAGGAUGUAGGGAAUUUUAUUCAACGAUGCAUCUCUAGCAAGUGUUUCAGCGCUCUGUGGGUUCUAGAUCUUGAGCUUGUUUAUAAACCAAAAUUGCCCAAGGCAUUACGUCAACUAACUCAGUUGAGGUACUUUGGCUUGAGGUCUACUUACCUCGAGGUGCUUCCGUUGUUCAUCAACAAAUUGCUAAAGCUCCAAACGCUGGAUUUGAAGCACACACGCAUCAACACGCUUCCUAGUUCAAUCUGGAUGAUGGAGGAACUGCGACAUUUAUACCUUGAUGAGAGUUCGUGUUGCAAAUUUGUUCCUCGACCAAAAGGCAGCUGCUUAGAGAAUAUACAAACGUUAUGGGGUGCAUUUGUAGAUGAAAGUAGCCCAGUGAAAGAUGGUCUGGAUGAAGAAUUUGAUAUUCAUCUGCAAAAGCAACUAGAGAGAAAGAGGAUUGACGACGCAAAAAUAGUCCAUGAUCAGAGGUGCCUCGAAGAUACCGCAACACUCGUUUUACAGCAUUCCAAUGAUAUGUUGAUGAUGGCAUUGUGGCGACUUGUUGUAAUGGAACAUCUUCAUCAGAUGGAGUGGGGCGAGAAGCGAGUAGCUUUUGUUGAAUCAGCUGUGAAGGGUGUCCAAGACGCUUGUGCCAUAGUUGAGAAGAAAGAGCAAGAGAAGCAUGAGUACCAGCAAAAUGAGCUUGUGGCCAUGAAGGACGAGGCUGCUGUUGGUGUCCAGACAACUGAUGUACCUUCUUUUUUUGUGUUCAUCAAAGUAGUGAGAAGGGAGAGCAUACGUGUGUUGGAUUUGUUGGCAAAGCUGGACUCUAAUUUUCUCCAUGCCUCAGUUGAUGAUGAGCAAUUAUUGAUGGUGGGGGAAAUAGUACUGUUUCCACCAAGAGAGUUUAUGUUGUUUCCGAAAUUAGAGGUUGGUGUUAAAACAACAGGACUUCCACCAGUUCCUAAUUGUAAGGUAAUAGUCAGCUCCUAUAAUUAUGCUUUAUCACUGGACACAUUUCUGAACAUCAAAAAAUUGAGUCUAACUUGCAAAAUAUCUGAGCCAUCUCAAAAUGAGGAAGUGUCUUCACAACUAGAUGCUGUGGCAAAUUGGAUUCAUAAUCUAAAUCAUCUUCAGUUUUUGAAGUUGAAAGCAUUUAAUGAAUUGAGCAAGCCUGCAGCUAUACACUUACAGUCUUUAUCAGGGCACAUGGAUCUCUCCAGUGUUCAUUUGUUUGGAAACUUAAAGAGUCAAAAUCUUAUUUCCGAGUUCCCACAAAACCUCAUGGUUCUUACUCUAUCAGCAUCUGGACUGGCGAAAGACCCAAUGCAGAUGUUGGCAGGACUUCCUAGCCUGGUGAACUUGAGAUUGUUCUCCGGGUCCUUCACAGGACAGAAAAUGGUUUGCACUUCCAGAGGAUUUCCUAAGCUCCAAGUUCUCAAGUUAUGGGAGCUUGAUCCGCUAGAGGAAUGGAGCAUAGAGGAAGGCGCAUUGCCUGGUCUAAAAUGUUUGGAGAUCAAAUCCUGUCGACAUUUGAAGAUGCUACCUGACGGGUUGCAGCAUGUUAAGACUCUCUGCAAACUAAAAUUAUCAAAUGUGCCGGUGUUGUCAGCAAGGAUUAAGGAUAAUGAGGGUGAGGAUUGUGAUAAAGUUGCCCAUCUGCUUAAUGUCUACGUCGACAACUGCUGAUGCAAAAUAGAAGUAUUCGUCCUGUAAUUCAUGCUCCGGACCUAUUUACUGCCAGUAGUAUGAUCAUAAUGCACAUGGAGUUCUCUCUUGGCUUCUUUUUUUGGUCUGCUUCAUAUAUAUAUAAAUUGUUAUCUACUAUAUAAUAACACCGAUAGCACGUAUGAUAUUGUGAAAUCUGGUGCUAAGACGAGGUUUAAUGAAUAUUUUUUGAGACAAUUUUAAUUUACAAGCAUUAAUGCUUCUUCAAUUUAAUUAGUCAUUUUAAUCAUUAUGGUCAGCUACAAGUUGUUGCUAUUAUCGCGUCAUUUUGUUUAUCGCUCCUCUCCAGUCUUUUGUUGUUUGAUGUUGCAG